CGAAGCCGGCCCCGCCAGCCGUUCAGAAAAGCAGAAACCCGUGCGCUAUGGAGCCGGCGCCGAAUUUGGGGCUCGGGGACUCGUCCCUGCACCGCCACCUGGACGGCGACUUCUGGAGCCUUAAGAACGAGCUGCGCAGGCUCGUGGGCGGCUGCCCUCUCUUCCGGCAAAGGUAUGAUUUAAGUUUGGAUGAAAUGAGAGCUUUGACAGUUCAGAGAGUGAAGUUUACCAUGGGUCUACCUCUGUUCAAAGGUGCAUUUCAGGAUCUGGCAGAGAAAACAAAGAAUUUUGUCAGCCGAAGCCUCGUCAUAGGAGAAGUCCUUUCCAUGGCGGACAUGGCCACAGGAGUGAAGUGUGGAAUAAUUUAUUGGCUAUUUGGUGGUGCGAUCAGGAAUCUUGGCAGCCCCGAACAUGUUACUAAGUGGUUUCAGCCACUCCAGGAGCAGAAAUACACUGGGAUGUUUGCAAUGACCGAGAGGGGCCAUGGGAGCAACGUGAGAGGGAUCCAGACCGAAGCCACCUUUGACCUCUCUGCCCAGGAGUUUGUAAUUGACAGGCCGUGUGAAGAUGCCGAGAAGAUGUAUAUUGGAAACGCCAUGUAUGGAAAUUAUGCAGCUGUCUUUGCCCAGCUAAUCAUAGAUGGAAGAUCUCAAGGGCCCCACUGUUUCAUCGUUCCUGUCCGGGAUGAAAAUGGAAGCUUGUACCCAGGAGUGACAACUAUCGAUAUGACAUACAAGGAGGGUCUGCAUGGUGUGGACAAUGGGAUUUUAAUAUUUCACAAGGUUCGGAUACCCAGGAAGAACCUGCUGGAUAAGUUUGGUUCCGUGGCUCCAGAUGGCCAGUGCCGUUCUCCUAUCAGGAAUAAGAGCGCAAGAUUCAAUGCCAUGCUGGCAGCACUGACCCCUUUGAGAAUAGCUGUGGUUUUCCAAGCUAUGGGUGUCAUGGAGCUUGGGUUGACGAUAGCCAUUCGCUACAGCCACAGCCGGAGGCAGUUUGGGCCCAAAGCCAAGGAAGAGGUGAAGAUCAUUGAGCACCAAACACAGACCCUGCGGCUAAUGCCCCACCUGGCCACAGCCUUGGCCCUGACCUUCACCAGCAGGUAUGCUGGGGCCCUCCUGGAUGAGGAUGUCUUCCAGGGAAAGGAGCUGGUCAGCCGUCGCUCGCUGCAGGCUCUGGUGGCGGGGCUGAAGGCCUACAGCACCUGGGAGCACAUCCGCUGCCUGCAGGCCUGCCGCGAGUGCACCGGAGGAAUGGGUUACAUGAUGGAAGAUCGAAUCUCGGGCUUAAAGUGUGACACUGAUGUGCUUGCCACUUUUGAAGGUGACAAUGUUGUUAUGCUUCAGAUUGUGGGGCGGGAACUGCCGGCCCAAUACGCCAAACAGUAUGAAGAAAAACCACUCUUCGGCCUGCUCCAAAACUGGGCUGAGUCUGUGGGGGACAAGCUGAGAACCAGUUUCCUGGCAUUUAACACGAACACAGUCUAUAAUCUCGCCUUCCUGUUGAAAGCAGUGAAAUUUCGUGAACAGGUUCUUCAGCGGAGUUUGGUGACCAGAAUUUAUUAUAAGGUGAUGACCAAGAAGGAAGAUUUUUUCCAUGCCUGGAACUCAUGUCUGCACCACGUGGCUUCUCUGUCUCUGGCACACACUCACCGAGUUGCCUUAAAGCAGUUCUCCCUGGCAGUGAAGAGCUGUCCCGACCAAGGGGACCAGACUUUGUUAAUGAAGUUUUGUCUGUUGUAUGGAACCAAGCUGGUGUUUCAGGAGUGGGCCUGGUAUUUAGAACAUAAAUACUUGACUUCUGUGGCCAGCAUGAGGAUCAGGAAUCAGUUGCUGGAUUUGUGUGACUCGUUGAAGGAUGAUGCCCUGAGGGUGAUCGCCGCCUUUAACAUUCCACACACCAACCUUCACGCACCAAUCGCUGGAAUCUCCAACCCGCGGGCCGCUUGGGCCUUCUACCCUGCACCGCUGCAGCCCGUGGCGCGGGAAGGGGCGCGCUCCCAGCUGCCCAAGCUGGGAGCCAAGCUCUAACGGGUGUGGCGGGAAGUGUGGUGGCCCGCCUGCAGCUGCCACUACGCUCGCUACACUGACGCCUGGAGCUGGGGCCGAGGCCGGGCUGGCACACGCUGGGCCGCCGCUCUCCGAGAGAUUGUGGUGGCAGAGCGAAGGUCCCGCCCGCCGAGGCUGGCUGCUAGGAAAGAGAUCCAGAGGGUCGCCUGGUGCGCUGGAUCCCUGUGCCCUUUCCCUGAAACCUAGCUUGGCCCGGCUGCAACCCCUCCCAGCUUUGGUGCCCGAUCGCCUAGACAAUCAGGGUGGGCUCACCCUUGCGAGCGCGCCCCACAGCCGGGUGCCGCCAAAGGUCUCCUGCUGUCAGCGGUGACUCAGAUUCCCAGUGAUUUAGAAAAGCUGCGGUGCCAAGUGAAAGAAAAAAAAAGCAAACACCCUUAGACAAAAGCAAAAACUCCACUCCUUCCGCAAGCGGGCAAAAAGGUUGGGUUCAGCAAGUGAUGCUUUUCCAGUGAAUCAGACGUUGUGGGGCUCUGCGAGGAAACGCAAGGACGGGGAGAAGGAAGUGGCAGCCUGGAGUUUUGCUCUAGGCAAAGCAAGAACUCGCCUUGUCCUCCCAGGUCGGUGGUUUCCGGACGGCAAGACAAGGCGCGGAAAACAUUUUUACCAACUGACGCUGUAAUCUGUCCUUUAGAAGAGCAUAGGUGAAACGUUUAAUAAAGAAAUUAAGCGAU